GCGCUUACGCGGUGCCCGUCCGCGUCCCGCGGAGCUCGGGGUCGCCUUCGGACCUCUUUCCCCCAGCCGCGUCCCCCCGUACCCGUGCGAUGUGCCCUGGAAGCGGAGCCCGAAUUCCCCCCCCCGCCCCCAUCGGGGCGCCCGGAGACGGCGCCGGAGCCGGGCCCGGUGCGGCUCCCUGCGCUCUGCCCUGCCUUUGGGCGCCCCUCGUUCAGAGUCAGACAUCAGAGAACCGUGCGGGUUGGACGAGAUCCCCAAAUCCACCCUCCAACCCAUCACCGCUGUGCCCAUCAACCACGUCCCUAAACGAAAGCAUCGACUUAUUAAGGUUGGAGAAGACUUCCAAGAUCCCCAAUCAUGCCCAUCCCACCGUAGUUUCCGUGUCCCCAUAGUCCCCAUGUGCCACAUCUCCACGGUUGUGGAACACCUCCAGGGGACUCCAUCACUUUCCUGUCCUGGCCCAAUCUGUGCUGAGAUGUGGGUCACCUUCCUGUGGCCCAUCCCGUGUCCCCCCCCCCUUCCCUGCAGCACCUCCGUGCCCGUGGAUCACAGUUCCAUCCCUCUCCCCGCCUCCCCUGCUCACAGUGGACUCACAGUGCCUUUGCCUGACGCAACAUCCAGCAUCCCACAUCUGCACCCCCAGCUCGUCCUCCCAGACCAGCAUCCAGCCCACGGCUCUUUUGGGAUGGGUUCUGGAGGUGCCCACCACCAUCACCUGAAUGCUGCACCCAAAUGGGUGCUGAGCUCCGGCUCCGGUGCUGCGUCGCGGUGUCCCUCAUCCCCCAGGGCUCACGGUGUGCAGUGGCUGCUGCAGAUCCUGGCUCUCUGUGGGACAGCCUGAAGGGUGGGGAGAGCUGUUGGGAAAGCAGAUUUUCAGCUGAGAACAACCCAUGUUGUCCGUGUUCCUCCUUGCCCAAGGAGGCUGUGGAUGCCCCAUCCCUGCAGGCAUUGGAGGCCAGGCUGGAUGUGGGUUCUCUGGGCAGCCUGGGCUGCUGGUUGGCGACCUGCACACAGCAGGGGUUGGAACCAGGUGAGCGCUGUGCUCCUGUGCAACCCAGGCCAUGCUGGGAUGAUUCUAUGAUUAUGGCACCCUGUGGAUCCCUAUGGAUCCCUAUGGCACCCUAUGGAUCCCUAUGGCACCUUAUGGAUCCCUAUGGUACCCUAUGGGUCCCUAUAGCAUCCUAUGGAUCCUUAUGGCACCCUGUGGAUUCCUGUGGCACCCUAUGGAUCCAUAUAGCACCCUAUGGAUCCUUAUGGCACCCUGUGGAUUCCUGUGGCACCCUAUGGAUCCUUAUGGCACCCUAUGGAUUCCUGUGGCACCCUAUGGAUCCUUAUGGCACCCUGUGGGUUCUUAUGGCACCCUAUGGAUUCCUGUGGCACCCUAUGGAUCCAUAUAGCACCCUAUGGAUCCAUAUAGCACCCUUUGGAUCCUUAUGGCACCCUAUGGAUCCAUAUAGCACCCUAUGGAUCCUCAUGGCACCCUAUAGAUUCCUGUGGCAUCCUGUGGAUCCAUAUAGCAUCCUAUGGGUCCUUAUGGCACCCUAUGGAUCCUUAUGGCACCCUAUGGAUUCCUGUGGCACCCUAUGGAUCCAUAUAGCACCCUGUGGAUUCCUGUGGCACCCUAUGGAUCCUUAUGGCACCCUGUGGAUUCCUGUAGCACCCUAUGGAUCCAUAUAACACCCUAUAGAUUCCUGUGGCACCCUAUGGAUCCAUAUAGCACCCUAUGGAUCCAUAUAGCACCCUAUAGAUUCCUGUGGCACCCUCUGGAUCCAUUUAGCACCCUAUGGAUCCAUAUAGCACCCUGUAGAUUCCUGUGGCACCCUAUGGAUGCAUAUAGCACCCUAUGGAUCCUCAUGGCACCCUAUAGAUUCCUGUGGCAUCCUGUGGAUCCAUAUAGCAUCCUAUGGGUCCUUAUGGCACCCUAUGGGUCCUUAUGGCACCCUAUAGAUUCCUGUGGCACCCUCUGGAUCCUUAUGGCACCCUAUGGAUCCUCAUGGCACCCUAUGUGUUCUCUGGGCAGCCUGCUCUGGCCGUUGGUGACCCUGCACACAGCAGGGGGCUGAAACUCAAUUCUCAGCACGGUCCUUUUCAACCCAGGCCAUUCCAGGAUUCGGUGAUUCCCUGUGGAUGCUGACCCAGUGGUGACACGUAAUGAUGUAUAUUUUAAUGCCACGAGGGCCCUUUCAGCAGCAGUGCCGUGGGCCAGAACCGAUCCCAGUCUUUUGUCCCCACGUCCUCUGCUGCAGCACGUGGCAGAGCUGCAAACAACCACGGCACCGUUGGCAGCACUGCCAGCAGAGCUGCAUGGCAGCAUCGCAGAGACAGCAAACGUGGGGGGAAGUUGAGUGUGAGACGUGGCUGCGUAUUGCUGGUGCUUCGGUCGUGCUCCAGGAAGAAAACACGCCGAUGUUUGUGGCUGCUAAUGCACACACAGCCCUUCUGUUUCACAAACAUUCUGAUUUCCUCGAGCGCAACACGCCUCGCCGCCGCAGGGAUUCCCUCUCGCUGCCCUGAUGAUUGGCUCUCGUUAUUUAUGCUCUUUCCUUUGCUUUUGCAGGACAGCCGUGGCCCUGCAUGCGUCCUGCAUUGCUGUUCUGGGUGCGUGGUGCUGCAUGCUGGGUGUGCAGCGCUGUGCUGGCUGUGCAGUGAUGUGCUGGUGCUGUGCUGGGUGUGCACUGCUGUGCUGGGUGCACAGUGCUGUGCUGGUGCCAUGCUGGAUGCAUGGUGCUUUGUUGGGUGCACAGAGCUGUGCUGUGCUGGAUGCGUGGCACUGUGCUGUGCUGUUCUGAUGCCAUGCUGGGUGCACAGUGCUGUGCUGGUGCCAUGCUGGAUGCACGGUGCUUUGUUGGGUGCACAGAGUUGUGCUGUGCUGGAUGCGUGGCACUGUGCUGUGCUGGUCUGUUCUGAUGCUAUGCUGGGUGCACAGAGCUGUGCUGUGCUGGAUGUCUGCUGCUGUGUUGUGCUGUACUGGUGCUGUGCUGGUCUGUUCUGAUGCCAUGCUGAGUGCUCAGUGCUGUGCUGGGUGCACAGUGCUGUGCUGGUGCCAUGCUGGGUGCAUGGUGCUUUGUUGGGUGCACAGAGCUGUGCUGUGCUGGAUGCGUGGCGCUG